AUGGAUAAGUGGCUUAAAGGAAAUAUAGUUACUAGUCUCACCGAUGAAGAAGACGAUCCAGUACCAACUCCCACUGCCAAAAUAAAGCGACAUAAUUCAUCGCCUAAGCAUACAAAAAAUUUUAGACAAGUUGAUCACCAAAAAAGCGUAAGUGAAGUUUUUAAGAUCUCAUCAUUAACAGAACAAACAAGGAUCGCUGAAACUAAAAUUACUGCAUUCCUUGCUGAAAAAAAUUUACCACUAUCUUUAAUAGACAAACUUAUUCCGUUGUGCAAAUCUGUAUUCCACGAUUCCAAAAUAGUAAAAAAUAUGUCUUUAGCGAGGACAAAAACAACAGCAGUUAUGCAAAAUGUAUUGGGUAAAAAUAUCAUCAAUGACCUGUGUAAUACUCUUACAAUGCCUGGUACAUUCUACUCCUUAAUUAUGGACGAAACAACUGAUAUAUCAGAAAUCAAACAAUGUGCGAUCAUUAUAGUAUAUUUUGAUACCCAAACAAUGAUGGUGAAAACUGAAUUCUUAGACAUGGUACAAACAUCUUCAGGUACUGCUGAUCAUCUUACAGAAUUGUUGCUGCAAUGCCUUGACGAUAAAGAAAUACCAAAAAAAAUGUUUAUCUGA